AUGAUUUUUCAAUCUUUUAUACUGGAUAAUCUAGUAUUCUUAUGCAUGAAGAUAAUUAAUUCGAUAGUUGUGGUAGGACUCUAUUAUGGAUUUCUUACUACAUUUUCCAUAGGGCCCUCUUAUCUCUUCCUUCUUCGAGCUCGGCUUGUGGAAGAAGGGACCGAGAAAAAAAUAUCAGCAACCACUGGGUUUAUUACGGGACAGCUCAUAAUGUUUCUAUCGAUCUAUUAUGCGCCUUUGCAUCUAGCAUUGGGUAGACCCCAUACAAUAACUGUCAUAGCUCUACCCUAUCUUUUAUUUCAGUUCUUCGGCAAUAAUCACAAAAACUUUUUGAAUUAUGGAUACAAGAAUCCUAAUUCAAUACGUAAUUUUAGUAUUCAAAGAAUAUUCUUUCAGAAUCUAAUUUUUCAGUUAUUAAACCCGAUUUUUUUACCAAGUUCCAUCUUAAUAAGAUUAGUUAAUCUUUAUUUGUUUCGAUGCAACAAUAAAUUUCUAUUUUUAACAAGUAGUUUUGUUGGUUGGAUAAUUGGUCACACUUUUUUGAUGAAAUGGAUAGAUUUUCUAUUAUUCUGGAUACAAGAAAAAAAUGCGAUUAAAUUUAAUGUACCUAUUCAAUCAAAUAAGUAUAUUAUGUCAGAAUUUAGAAAUUCUAUGGUUAAAAUCUUUCUUGUUUUCUUAUUUGUUACUUGUUUAUAUUAUUUAGGUAGAAUACCGCCACCCUUUUUUACUAAGAAAUUGUCAGAAAUUCAAGAAAAGAAUGAAAUCUAUAAAAAAGGAAAAAUAGAUGUUGAAAGCAAUUUUCAAAGGGUACAACCUAAACAAAAAAGAUCAAACAAUAAAGAUAUUUUUCCUUAUCUUUUUUCGAAAAAAGAUAAGAAUUUGUACAAAAUCGACGAAGAUAAAAAUAACUUAGGGUUUUUUCAAAAACCUCUCAUAAAUAUUCUUUUCAAUUAUAAACGAUGGAACCGUCCAUUUCGAUAUAUAAAAAAUAAUCUAUUUGAAAAUAUAGUAAAAAAUGAAAUUUCAGAAUUUUUUUUUCAUACAUGUCAAAGUGAUGGAAAAGAAAGAAUAUUUUUUACAUAUCCACCAAAUUUAUCCAUUUUUAAAAAAAUGAUGGAAACAAAAUUACAUAUCUUUACAAGAGAUAGAAUUUAUUAUGAGGAAUUAUAUAAUUAUUGGAGCUAUACUAAUGAAGAAAAAAGAAAUAAACUGAAUAAUGAAUUUUUAAAUAGAGCAAAAGUUAUAGAUAAGGAAUUUCUUUCUCUGGAUAUAUUUGAAAACCGAAUUAGAUUAUGUAAUGAUGAAACUAAAAAAAAAUACUUAACUAAAAUAUACGAUCCUUUCUUGAACGGACCCUUUCGUGGGCGAAUUCUAAAUGGUUUUUCACCUUCAAUCCAACAUGAUAAAACUUACAAAAAAAAUUAUAUUUUGAAAAAUAAAAUUUAUGGUAUCCUUCUUUAUAAUAAUAUUUCUAAAAAUAAUAAUUAUUCAGAAUUGGAGGAAGAAAUAAAUACAUUUGAUAGAAAAUCAUUAGUAACUACAUUUUUUUUUUGUAAUGUAAUCAGUCAAUUUUCAAAAAAAUCAUUAUCAAGUUUGAAUUUUGAAGCACUCUAUUUAUUUCCAGAACACGAACAAAUAAAAAUGGAUUCUGAAAAUGAAGAAGAAAAAAAACUAAUAAUAAAAAUAUUAUUCGAUGCAAUUAGAACAGAUUUGAACAAGAAAACAAUAGUUAAUCAAAAUAUAACUAAAUGGAUUAGAAGAAAUGAAAAUGAAAUCAGUAAAAAAGUUCCUAGAUGGUCAUACAAAUUUAUUGACGAAUUAGAACUACUGGAGGGAAAAAGGGUAGCAGAUAAUUAUCAAAUUCGUUCUAGAAAAGCCAAACGUGUAGUAAUUUUUACUAAUAAAUCUAAAUUUUUUAAAAAAGACAAUACUUAUAAUGAUACUGGAGAUACUAAAAACAAAAAAAACCAAUUGGCUUUAAUACGUUAUUCCCAACAAUCGGAUUUUCGACGAGAUAUAAUCAAAGGAUCUAUACGUGCUCAAAGGCGUAAAACAGUUACUUGGAAAUUUUUUCAAAAAAGUGUGCAUUCCCCUCUUUUUUUUGAUAAAAUUCAAAAACCUUUAUUGUUUUCUUUUGAGAGUUUCAAAUCCAUGAAAAUGAAAAUAUUUUUGAUGUUAAAAAAUUGGAUGCGAAAAAAGACAGAAUUAAAAAUUUCGUAUUAUAGAGUGGAAAAGACAAAAGAAAGUUCGAAAAAAGAGGAAGAAAAAAAAAAAAAAGAAAUUGAGCAAAAAAAACGUAUAGAAAUAGCAGAAGCCUGGGAUAGCAUUAUAUUUGCUCAAGUAAUAAGAGGUGUUUUAUUAAUAACCCAAUCGAUUCUUAGAAAAUAUAUUAUAUUACCUUCAUUGAUAAUAAUUAAAAAUAUUGUUCGUAUACUUUUUUUUCAAUUUCCCGAAUGGUCAGAAGAUUUUAGGGAUUGGAAGAGAGAAAUCUAUAUUAAAUGUACAUAUAAUGGCGUUCCAUUAUCUGAAAGAGAAUUUCCCCAAAAAUGGUUAACAGAUGGUAUUCAAAUAAAAAUCUUAUUUCCUUUUCGUCUAAAACCUUGGCACAAAUCUAAGCUACGAUUCAAUGAAAAGAAAAAAGAUCCAAUGAAAAGAAAGAACUUUUGUUUUUUAACAAUUUGGGGACUUGAAGUCGAAUUGCCCUUUUCUAGUUCUACAAAAAAUAUAUUUUCAUUUUUUGAUCCCAUUUUUAAAGAACUAAAAAAAAAAACGAAACAAUUUCAAUUUUCAAUUUUUCUAGUUCUAAAAAUUUUAAGGGAAAAAUUGAAAAUGUUUCAAAAUAUUUUAAAAGAAAAAGUAAAAUGGAUCAUCAAAAGUAUUCAAUUUAUAACACAAAAAAUAACAAACUUUUCAAAAAAUAUCUUUAUUAAAUUGAAAUUAAAAAAAAUAGAUGAAUUAAUCGAAAGCAAAAAACAUUCAACAAUCUAUAAGAAUAGUGGAAAAAUUUCCGAAGCAACCAUUCCAAUUCAAUCAAAAAAUUUGGCAAAUUGUUCAUUGACAAAAAAAAAAAUAAAGGAUAUGAAUGCUAAAAGAAAAGCUGUUAGAAAAAAAAUAGAAAAACUGAAAAAAGAAGAAAAUAAAAUAGGACUUGUAAUUUCAGAGACAAAUAUUCAUUCUAACAAAACAACUUAUGAUAGUAAAAGGCUAGAAUUUGAAAAAAAAAUAUUACAAACAAGGGUAAAUGUUCGAUUAACUCGUAAAUCUUAUUCUUUUUUAAAACUUCUGAUAAAAAGUAUAUACGUAGAUAUAUUUCGAUAUAUCAUUUGUAUUCCUAGGAUGAAUACACAACUUUUUGUUGAAUCAACAAAAAAAAAAUGGAAAAAAUCCAUUUACAAUAAUGAAGCAAAUGUCGAAAGAACUGAUAAAACAAAUCAAAGUGUAAUUCGCUUUAUUUCGAUUAUACACAAAUAUUUCAAUACUAGCAAUAUGAAUUCACAGAAUUCUUGUAAUGUCUCCUUUUUGUCACAAGCAUAUGUAUUUUUAAAAUUAUUACAAACCCAGAUUAUUAACAUUAACCUAUAUAAAUUAAAAUCUGUUUUUAAAUAUCAUGGAAAUUUUUUAUUUCUUAAAAACGAAAUAAAGAAUUCUUUUUUUGGAGUACAAGGUAUAUUUCAUUCUAAAUUAAAACAAAAGAACCCUCCCAAUUCGGUAAUUAAUCAAUGGACAAAUUUGUUAAGGGAUCAUUAUUAUCAAUAUUACUUAUCUGAAAGUAUAUGGUCCAGAUUAGUACCACAAAAAUGGAGAAAAAAAAUCAUUGAAUGUCAUGUAACUAAACAUAAAGAUUUAAUCAAAUGGGAUUCAUAUGAAAAAAGCCGACUAAUUAUUUACAAAAAGCAACAAGUAUACGCAUUAAAAAAAAAAAAAAUUAAAAAACAAUAUACAUAUGAUCUUUUAUCCUAUAAUUUUAUCAAUUAUGCAAAUAAGAAAGACUCAUAUAUUUAUGGAUUUAGACCCUUUUUUCAAGCGAAUAAAAACCAAGUGAUUUCUUCUAAUUACAACAUCCAUAAAAAAGAAUUUUUGGAUAUAUUGGAUAUAAUAGGUAAUAUCUUUAUCAAGAAUUCUCUAGUGGAAGAUGAUAUUAAAGAUAUGGAGAAAAAUCUGGAUAGAAAGUAUUUCGAUUGGAUGGGAAUCAAUAGCGAAAUAGUAAAUCGUUCCAAAUCGAAUCUGGAAUUUUGGUUCUUUUCAAAAUUUUUGAUAUUUUAUAAUGGAUAUAGGAGUAAUCCAUGGGUUAUACCAAUCAAAUUACUUUUUUUUAACUUUAAUGUAAAUAAAAAUAACAUUACUAGAAACAAAAAAAUAAUGGAUAUUUUUAGACCAUCGAAAAAAAAAAAAUCCCUUGAAUUGGAAUUAGAGACUCGAAAUCGAGUACAAGCAAAAUACGCCGAUCGAAUAAAUCUUGAAUUAUCUCUCUCAAAUCAAGCAAAAGAUAUUGAAAAAUAUUAUCUAGGAUUGGGCAGUGAAAAGAAUGGUAAGGGUAUAAAUAAAAAGAAAGACAAGAUCGAGGCAGAACUUAAUUUUUUACGAAGAAAUUUUUUAACUUUACAUUUUAACUGGAAAAAUUUCUUAGGUAAAAGAAUAUUUAAAAAUGUCCAAGUAUAUUGUCUCCUGAUUCGAUUGAAAAAUUUAAGAGAAAUUACUAUAGCUUCUAUUCAAAGAGGAGAACUUGGUCUAGAUAUUAUGAUGAUUCAAAAUCAGAAGAAUUUAACUCUUCCAGACCUAAGGAAAAAUAAAAAAUUUAUUAAAAAAGAAAUAUUUGUUAUCGAACCAGUUCGUCUGUCUAGAAAAAACAAUAAAGAAUUUUUUAUGUAUCAAACUUUUGGUCUUUCAUUAAUUCAUAAGAAUAAACGCAAAAAUUCUAAAAAAUACUCAGAAAAAAGUCCUGUUAAUAAUAAAAAUUUGGAUAAAUACAUUACAAGAACAAGAGAUCAAAAGAUAAGAGAAACAAAAGAAAAAAAAAAUUAUGAUUUACUUGUUCCUGAAACUAUUUUAUCCGCUAGACGUCGUCGAGAAUUGAGAAUUCUAAAUUGUUUAAAUCCUAGUAAUAUAAAUAGUAUGCAUAGAAACACUAUAGUUUAUAAUGAAAAUAAAGUCCCUAAUUGUUUUAUAAUUUUGACUAAAAAAAGAAAAUAUUGGGAGAAAGAGCAAAAAAAAAUAAUGAAUUUAAAAAUAUUUCUUUGGCCAAAUUAUCGAUUCGAAGAUUUAGCUUGUAUAAAUCGCUAUUGGUUUAAUACCCAUAAUGGAAGCCGUUUCAGUAUAGUAAGGAUACAUAUGUAUCCACAAUUGAAAAUUCGUUAA